CGAGCUGGCACAGUUGCGGCGCCGCUGAGGCCCGGGCUGCCGUAACGCUCGUCGGGCAGCGUGCACAGGCACCGCGGACGGCGUAGGAAGGCGUUGCGACGAACGCCGCGCGCGGCGCCGCCGCCCACAACCAUAAUAAUGGCUUCUCCCCCAAAUGGCGCGCCGCGACGCCGCUUCUUCCAGCGCCCCGUGAAUGCGAACGCGCCGCAAGACUACACGCCCUUCGCCGCGCCGCCGCCGCCGCCCGGGUCUGCCCGCCGCAGCUCGGGACGACGCGUCACCGACUUCCUCCCGAACGCCACGCCGACGACCACGGACUCGGCCUUCUCGCCGCGCCGAGCGCUGGAUUUCCUGCCGACGAGCGCGCCACCACCCCUACCGCCCCCGUCGCCUUUAGAAGCCGAGAACGCCGAGUUGAGAAGGAGGCUCGCCGAGGCCGAGCGCAGUGCUGUCCAGGAUGAGCGUCUACUCAGGCAGCGGGCCUCGGAGGAUGCGGAAGCUUUACAAAAUGAGGUGAAGGAGCUUAGGAGGCGCUGCUCUCUAGAAAACGAGGAGCGGCAACGGGCGGCCGACGAGGCCGAAAGAUUAAGUAAGGAGCUCACCGAACGCGGCGAGGCGACGCUCCAGGAAGUAUCAAAACUCAACACGAAGCUGGCGCAGGCCGAGCGGAAGGUGAAGGUGAGGACCGAGAACGAGGACGACGACCCGCUCCGGCCCGGGUUCCACCGCCGCGCGUCGGAACGCAUCAAGGAGGUGUAUCUGAGUGCCAUGAACGAGCACUUCGAGCGCGUGGCUUCUGGUGUUGUGGCUCUACGGAAGAGUUCCGAGCGCGAAGCCGCGGAAGAAUCGGUGGAAGGCUACGCGUCGCUCGUGCGAAAGGCGCUCCGCGAACGAUCGGCGGCCGACGCGAAUCUCAAAGAUGGGUUGGAAGCUUUAAGCCCCUCGCCCAGCUUAUCGCCGCGCUUCGACGAUUUUGCAAGCCCCUCUUCUGCUGCUAGAGUGUCCAAACCCACCCUCACGAACGUGUCCACCGACCCUCGAGAAGUGGAAGUGGAGAUCACCGUGACCACACCAGAUGCGACCGUGGAGUACUGCGUGUCGCACGUGAACGCCGCCGGCAGUCCCCGGUCGAUCACGAUCCCGGCCGAGAACAAGUGGACCCGCGCGGACGAACCUGGGGCGGUGCGGCUGCCUAGAUUAGCUGCUGGCGGAAGACACGUCGUGAUCUGUCGAGCCACGGCGCCCGGCCGGCCGACGUCCAAGGUCGCGUCCGAGGCCUUUGACCUCCUACCUCCCAAUCUCGUGCAGCACUCCAGACACCCCCACGAACUGCGCGUGUUGCGACAACCGGGCGGGCAGUGCGAGCUUUGUGGAUUGAGCGACGAUGCGAGGCCGGGCUACGGCUGCCCGGAAUGUCCGGAGUUUGUUCUGUGCGCGAAAUGUGCCCUGCCGCCCGGUUUUUCGCCAGACGUCGAGCAGGCCGAGAAGGACUGCGUCGCCGUGGAUGUGGGGGCGAAGCGCGUGUGGCUGUCGCGGCGCAUCGAGUUCAAGGGCAACUACACGCGGAUCCUGGACGGCUCGUUCGGCGUCCUCGAUCAGCUGGCCUUGACUUUGAAACAGCAUUCCGGCAUCCGAUUGCGGCUCGAGGGCCACGUCAACUCGAAGUGCGGUCUGGGUUGUGAUGGGUCCACCGAGUGCUCGAACAACCGGUGUGCCGCACUGUUCAGAGGCAGAGGUGGUUCGGUGGGCUUCUCGCUGGGACGGGCCGACGCCGUCGCCGAGGCGUUACAUGAGCGGGGCAUCGAGGCCUACCGGCUCGAAUGUCGAGGAUUGGGCGGGUCGAGAGUGGUGGAGGACACGGAAGGGGAUUUGAAGCAUCGGAACCGACGGGUCGAGGUGCACACGGUGGCGUGGUCCUAGGCUGAGGGGGG